CCAGCACUACUUCCGGGUUCGAGCACACUCGUCCUCUUAUCUCCAUAUAUACACGCCACACGGCUCCUUUAAGAAAAGCCCCGAGCCAUAAUGAUGAGCCCUCCUCCUCUUCCCCCACCUUCUCCUCCUCCUUCUCCUCUUGAGCUCUUCCACACGUCUUUGCAUAAGUAAUUCAAGCCGCGGGAGAGCGGGCAGCCAGCAGCCGCCGAACCCAGGGAGAUACGCUUCAUUCCCGGCUGCGAGUAGGAGCGCCGAGCCGGUGUUCAUUCCAGCGGACCAAAACUAGGGGAGGAAUCCGCGCAAGCAACGCCGGACACCCGGGGGAGCCGACAAACGAGCCAUGAGAACCACCGGGUGUCUUCCAAGGCUUUGAAUUUAUUUUUUUAUUUUUGGGGGUGGGGGGGACUCGGAGCGAGAAGGAGAGCCGAGGAUCGACUCUCCCCGGCCGGGUUCAACUUGGCAGGCACCGUGGUGACUGGCUGGAGGGGGGAAAAAGCCCCAAAACAACAAACUCAAAGGAUUUUCUCUGCAGUUUUUUUUUUUAUGUUUUCUCUUUGUAAAUGUAACCCCCCUCCUGGCAAUUUUUGUUUGGAUUUGCUAAUUUGCCGUGCAAGGCUGGCUUCCGAGCGGAUUUAAGUGGGAUUCGAAUCACGAACUGCGGGCAGUGAAGAGGCUUAUGGCUCAAAGGUACGAAGACUUGGCCCACUACGGGAUGGACGGGGUGGGAAUCCCGACCACCAUGUACGGAGACCCGCACGGCGCGCGCUCCAUGCAGGCCGUGCACCUCAACCACGGGCCCCAGCUGCACUCGCACCAGUACCCCCACACGGCGCACACCAACACCAUGCCCCCCAGCAUGGGCUCGUCGGUCAACGACGCGCUCAAGAGGGACAAGGACGCCAUAUACGGGCACCCCCUCUUCCCGCUGCUUGCACUGAUUUUCGAGAAAUGUGAAUUAGCGACGUGCACCCCCAGAGAGCCCGGUGUGGCGGGAGGGGACGUGUGCUCGUCCGAGUCCUUCAACGAGGACAUCGCCGUGUUUGCCAAACAGAUUCGUGCAGAAAAACCUUUAUUUUCAUCAAAUCCAGAAUUGGAUAAUCUGAUGAUUCAAGCCAUUCAGGUGUUACGGUUUCAUCUGCUGGAGCUGGAAAAGGUGCACGAGCUGUGCGACAACUUCUGCCACCGCUACAUCAGCUGCUUGAAGGGCAAGAUGCCCAUUGACCUGGUCAUAGACGACCGCGAGGGGGGCUCCAAGUCAGACAGCGAGGAGAUCACCCGUUCCUCCGUGGCUCUCGACCAGACGUCUUGGAACCGGGACCAUGACGACACGGCGUCCACGCGCUCCGGGGGCACGCCGGGCCCGUCCAGCGGCGGCCACACGUCGCACAGCGGCGACAACAGCAGCGAGCAAGGCGACGGCCUGGACAACAGUGUGGCCUCGCCGAGCACGGGCGACGACGACGACCCGGAUAAGGAAAAGAAACGUAACAAGAAGAGGGGCAUCUUCCCUAAGGUGGCCACCAACAUCAUGCGGGCGUGGCUCUUCCAGCACCUAACGCAUCCGUACCCGUCAGAAGAACAGAAGAAGCAGCUGGCACAAGACACGGGCCUCACCAUCUUACAAGUCAACAACUGGUUCAUCAACGCCAGGAGGAGAAUAGUGCAGCCUAUGAUCGACCAGUCGAACCGCGCAGAACCGCAGGGCACGGCAGAAGGUCCUGUCACACAGAGGCGUCCGUACGGAUUUACGGGGACGGGAUCCCCUUCGUCCCGACCGCAAAGCCGACCAUCUUCCUUCCUGCACACUUCCGAUACCCCUUCCACUUGUUUAUUAUCACCCGGCCUGACUUCAAGGCUCCGUGUUGAGCCCGACUCCCCCAAAAGUCAAGACAGACCACGCCCCCGCCCCAGUUUGUGGCCGCCACCAUUCGGACACUGUUGAGACUUUCCGUGGCGCUCCUCGAAAAAAAAAAAACUCUGAUGGAUGAGCAGGACCACGGCGGGAGACGGGUGUGAGAAAUAGCCCAAUGUCUAUAAAAUUGACUGGACACUUAAGAAACCAAAAAAGAAGGUGCCCACUUCAAGAGAAAAAUCAAGAGAAAUAAGGCUGGGGGGGAAGACAUGAAAAGUAUAUGGAAGCAAGCAAAUAUACUGUCAAGUGGUGGCAAACCAUGCUGGACUCUCACAACAACUAUUGUAAAUGCUAUUGUAUUGUUCUGCAUAUUAUGUUGUUUCUAAUAGAGUUCUUUUUUUUUUUAAAAGGCCUCAACUCA